GUGAAGCUGCUGGACGGGGAGGGCGCGGUGCUGGCGAAGUGGACGACGGGCACGAAGGAGGCGGAAACGCACUGGACUCAGGAGGAGCACGUCUUCCGGAACUACCCACCCGGUGUCAGAGCGGUGAGCUUCAAGACCAAGGGCAAGGACAGCAAGUUCUGGGCAGGCCACUACGGCGCGAGGAUGACCGGCGCAGUGCUCGCCAUCGCGUGGGCGUAG